UGGGAGUAUGGAGCCUGCAUUCCACAGAGGAGACCUCCUGUUCCUCACAAACCGAAUCGAAGAUCCAAUCAGAGUGGGAGAAAUCGUGGUCUUCAGGAUAGAAGGAAGAGAGAUACCUAUAGUCCAUCGCGUCCUGAAAAUCCAUGAGAAGCAAAACGGUGACAUCAAAUUCCUGACGAAGGGAGACAACAAUGCUGUGGAUGACAGAGGGCUCUACAAACGGGGGCAGCACUGGCUGGAGAAGAAGGACGUCGUAGGACGAGCAAGAGGAUUCGUGCCCUAUAUUGGAAUAGUGACUAUCUUAAUGAAUGAUUAUCCAAAAUUUAAGUAUGCAGUGCUCUUUUUACUGGGUUUAUUUGUGCUGGUCCAUCGAGAGUAGCCUCUUGCACUGAACUAGGAGGUGAAGGUGCCAUGGAUUUUUCUAGAUGAACCUUUUAAGUAGCUGAUGGUCCGACGUGCCGGGAGGAAGAAGAAAACAUGCAUUUCAAAGCUUCUUGCCAGUUUGGGUUUGUUUCGGUUUUUACUGCCUAAGGGCGAAUGUUUGUCACAGUAUUUCCAAUGGUUUGUCACAUUUUAGCCUUUUUAGUGAGUUUUUAUAUUAAAAAUUUGAGCCAAACUGUUCAGUGUUUGUACUUUGAAGCUGAGCUUCCUCUCCAAGUGCCUCUGGGACUGUGUCCUCUGUGUGUGCCUCGCUGGGCCUGGUGCCCUCUGCUUAUGCUGACUGAACUGUCCAGCACUGAGCUGUGGCCAUGGUGAUUGUUUUCCAAUUCAGAACUGGAAUAAAGAUUUUGCCUCUCGCC